AUGUCCGAGGAAGCGAAGAAAAUACUCACGAACGAGGAGGGCUACUCGUACGCCGAGCAAAUGACUCGCUGCAUCAUGUUACCCGUGGGACUCUGGCCGGUCGAGAGCGACUAUCCGAGAUUCCUGCGAAGAUUUCUCAUCGUCGGCAGCGUCCUGGUCACCCUCUUUAUGAUGAUACCCUUGAGCAUAUUCAUCUGCGUCGACGCACCGAACAUCACGGUGAAAAUACAGCUGAUGGGCCCGAAUCUGUUCGCCAUGCUCUGCAUGAGCAAGUACGCCGGUGUGCUGUGGAAGGGUCGCCGAAUCGAGACCUGCAUGCGACGAAUGGCCGAAGACUGGCGAAAUGUAAAGGAUCCACUGGAGAGGUCGAUGAUGCUGGACUACACGAGGCGAGCUCGAAACAUGACCAAGUUCUGCCUGGCUCUUUACUUCUCGGGUGGCAUGUGCUACUCGUCUCUCAUGCCGCUCCUGAAAUCACCCGAGGUGGUCAACAACGUCACACUUUACCCCCUCGCCUAUCAAGGGAAUUUCAUUUUCUUCAAUCCUCGCACUCGACCGGCCUACGAUUACGUGUUUGCCCUGCACUGCCUCGGCAGCGCCGUCAGGCACACGAUCUCCUGCGGGGUGUGCGGCAUCUUCAUCUGGUUCGUCAUGCACAUCUCCAGCCGAGUCGACGUGCUCGGCUCGACGAUCGAGCGAGCCGUCGACAGGUUCGACAAUCGAAUACUCGCCCGAAUCGUUAACGAUCAAUUGAAAUUAUACGGAUUGGCGAUCGAGCUCGGUGGUAUUUUCAACGAACUCAGCUUCGUGGAGCUCGUAGGGAAUACGAUACUUAUUUGCCUCGUUGGAUACUACUUGAUGAGCGCAUUUGUUCAGCAUAAUUACACGGUAGCUUACAACCUCAUCAUCACGUUGCUCACUAUGAAUUACAACAUAUUCGUUCUGUGCUACUACGGUCAGAUUCUCUCGGACAAGUUCGAAGAGCUCGGCAGAUCUGUGUACAUGAGCAACUGGCACAAGCUGUCGUUCGGUGACGCCCGCAGCGUCGUCCUCGUCCUCGGCUGGUCGAAUCGACCGUUCAGCCUGACCGCCGGCAAGCUCAUCACUCUGUCGAUCGAGAGUUUCGCCAAGAUAGUCAAAACGUCGGCUGCUUACUUCAAUGUGCUUUGGAACAUGACCUCCAAUAGUAUAAGGGCUUAA